AUGGAUUACAAGGUUGAACUUCUGGUGUUUAUCACCCUUCUGAUUGGAAGCUUUGCCUUACCAACGCCCGAAGAUGACUUGUCCAGGUUCUUCGACCACACCGAUGACGCCAACGCUCGUAUCAUUGGAGGUACUGAAGUGGCAGCUGGCGGACACCCUCACAUGGCGGCUCUGUUCGCAGGAAUACAUGGGAAGAUCUUCAUCUGCGGGGGAUCACUGGUCACAAAACGCACUGUUCUCACUGCUGCAAUUUGUGUUAAUAUUAUCUACUCCAACUCAAUCAUUCCGUCUGCGCGGGUGGCUGUCGGCUCAAACCGCUGGGACAGAGGUACCGAGUACACUUUACUUCGGAACGUAUCUCAUCCUGACUUCGAAAUAUAUAAACGCAAGAAUGACAUCAGUGUCCUCAUCACCUCCACCGACGUGGUGCUCAGCAGCCUGGUGCAGCCGGUGGCCCUCACUUAUGACUUCGUUGGUGGAGGAGUGCCGGCUAUAGUUGCUGGAUGGGGUUCUACUACCUUGAAUUGGCCGAAUCCCCCGUCUGACAUUCUGAUGGAACUAUCAACCACCACCAUUGGACGUAAGGAGUGUGUGGCUCGCGUUUUAAAAGGUGCCUUUAAUUGGGAGAAUGGACAAUAUAACGACCCCAGAAUCGAAGUCUGCACCUUACACUCUAAAUCUGGAAUUUGCUACGAUGACGUUGGCGGUGCUUUACUUCGUGCCGACAACGGCCAGCAGUUCGGUAUCGUGUCCUGGGGCUUCUCAUGCGCUUUCGGUUACCCCGAUGUGUACGUCAGGAUCAGCGCGUACGAGAGUUGGUUGAAAUCUGUGAUUGUUUAA